CGGAAACAGUCUUCAGUCUAAGCAGCAAGUUCAUGUUGUAAAGUAGUACACGAGUAAUUGUAGUUGCUCUAACUUCUAUAAAUUUUUAGUCGCUGUUGCGCCUUGACUAGAACUUGGUGUUGUUAGUUUUUUGUAGAUACUCUCAGAUACUUGACUUGCAGUGUUUAGCCUAAAGCUAAAGCUUUUCUUACUUACUUAGUCUAUAAGUUGUAUUUUUGUUCGUGUCGAGAAUCAUUCAUAAUUAACAGAGUUUAAGUAUUCUGCAGUAUAAACUAUCAAGUCGUUAAGUGUGGAACACAAAACCACUGAACUAAAACAAAAUUCUCAAAUUAUAGCCGGUAGUAGCUCUAAUUCGAGUAGAGAGCCUGUUGAACAAUCUUUUGGAUUUGAAUAAUCUUUUUCACCGACUGUCAAGGGAUUUAAAGUGUGAUAAAUCUUCGUUUUUGUGAUAAAGAAAAAAUUAAAUUGCCAAAAACAAAUUAGAUUAAAAUUGAAAAAAAAAAAUAAUUAUUUAUUUACUUGACUUAAUUUUUGUGAUUAAAGUGCAACAGACAAAAUUUUCAAAAUGGCUUUAAUCGUUGCAAAUGCUUUCUGCGGAGAAUCCUGCUAAUUGUACAAAAGAAGAAGAAACAGCUUUUUAUAUAGAUCCAGGUCGUAAACCAAAAAUGGAGCCAGUUAAGAAGUCACGCGUUUAUUUGGCAGCUGUAUGCGCCAAUUUAUCAAGUUUUGCUAUUGGAACAUGUUUAGGAUGGACAUCGCCAAUAAUACCAAAAUUACAACAAAAUACCGAUGAUAGUCCAAUGGACGUUGGUAUUACCAAAGAAGAAGAAGCAUGGAUAUCAUCAUUGAUAGCAAUUGGAGCUUUAGUUGCUCCAUUCGUUGCUGGGCCACUUGCUGAUUGGAUUGGACGCAAAUGGACAAUGUUAUCGAGUACAAUUUUCUUCAUCGCUGCUUAUGUUCUUAUGAUCUACGCCACCGAAGUUGAAUAUAUCUACGCAUCCCGCCUGAUUAUGGGUUUCGGAGUUGGUUUCGUAAUGACCGUCCAACCAAUGUAUGUUGGUGAAAUUUCAACAGAUGAUACUCGCGGGGCCUUGGGAUCUUUCAUGCAGCUUUUCAUUGUUUCUGGAAUUCUGUAUGUCUACGCCAUUGGACCGUUUGUUUCAUAUUUGGCAUUACAAUUAUGCUGCCUAGUCAUUCCCAUUGUAUUCGCAGUAGUCUUUGUAUUCCUUCCUGAGAGUCCUUAUUACUACGCUGGAAAAGGCAAAAAAGAAGAGAGUCUUAAGGCUUUGCAAUUUCUGCGAGGCCAAAGUGCUGAAGGAGUCAAAGACGAAAUGGCUCUAAUUCAGGCGACUAUCGAUGAGGCCGCAGCAAAUAAGGGAACCGUAGCGGAUGUCAUCAAAAACAAGGGUAACCGCAAGGCUUUGUUCAUCUGCGCUGGUUUGAUCGCCUUCCAGCAAUGUUCUGGCAUCAACGUUGUCCUCUUCAACAGCCAGGCCAUCUUCAUAAAUGCCAAUACCGGCAUCGAUCCUGCGAUAGCAACCAUCAUCAUUGGAUGUGUUCAAGUGGGUUCUAGUGCCCUGACUCCGAUCAUUGCUGACAGAAUGGGUCGUAAGGUCAUUCUCUCCGUAUCGGCAGCUGGUAUGAGUAUUGCUCUGGCGGCCUUGGGUGCAUUUUUCUACGCUCAAGCUCGUGACGAAGCCGAGGAUCUCCUUUGGCUACCCGUCCCAGCUCUAAUUAUCUUCAACAUCGUCUAUUGCAUUGGCUUUGGGCCCCUUCCAUGGGCUGUGUUGGGUGAAAUGUUCCCUAGUAAUGUUAAGUCAAUUGCUUCAUCGAUUGUGGCAUCAACUUGUUGGACCUUCGGUUUCGUCAUAACCAGAUAUUAUCCAGCUUUGGAUGCUUUGGGGGCGUACUAUGCCUUCUGGCUCUUUGGCAUCUUCUGUGCCCUAGGAUUCUUCUUUGUACUGAUAGUCGUAAUGGAGACGAAGGGAUUGAGCUUACAGCAAAUUCAAGAUAAAUUAAAUUGUAAGAAACAAGAUAAACCAUAAACAAUUUAUAGCCAAGAAUAGGUUUUUAAAAAAAUGUAUAACGAAAGAAAAUAUUAGUUUUAGUUAAGACGAAUCUUCAAAUAGGUAAAUUUUGUAGGUUUCAACCUUUGUUAAGAAGAAAUCUAAUAUUGUUCUGUUAUUGUUGUUCGUAAUAAGUAAAUGUCAAUAUAGUAUUGUUAACUUUUAAGUAUAAUUAUUACAAUUUAAACAAAUGUUAAUGUUAAAUAUAAAAUGCUGUUAAAAUAUUCUAAAUAUAAUUAUAAUAUGUAAUACAAAAUUGUGUGGUUA